CGAAAUCCACCAACCACAAUAUACUUGUACAUACCACCAUUCUUGUAUCUUUUAGUUUUUUGCUCCUCAUAGGUUUGGGAGUCUUUGGUUAGCUUACCUUUCUUACUACCAUGACCGCCGCUGUACCUUAUACCGACAUCAAUGCCAAUCUCGCUUCCGACUUUGUUGCGGACGCCACAGAAACCGCCGUGUUUCGUCUAGCCGAUAUUCUACGACACCCCGACGACUUGACAAACAAGCUUGUGUCUGUCCGUAAACGCUUCGCCCUUGAGCGCGCAACAAUUGACGCGCAACUGAAAACCGCAGUGGAGAGUCAACUGGAUGAUGCGCAACGAGGACUAGAUACGCUAAGCUCUUCAAAAGAUGAAACGGAGCGCAUAAAAACCAAUCUCUCCAACAUUGAUCAACUGUGUGCUGCUGCUCAAAACACCAUUCGGAAUUAUGGGCGGAUAAAGAGGAUCUCGCGAACCCAUCAAAACUUUGUUGCGACAAAGCAGAUGGUGGAACAAUUCCAGCAGCUAAACAGUCAAGUGGCACGGAUACGAGGUCUACUUGAGGAGGAUUCAAAGGAGCUUCUAGGACCUGCUCCUAAUCUUCUCCUCAUCCACUACAAGUUGCAGCAGCUUGAGACUUUUCGAAAUAGUACCCUGGCCAGAGCACGACGGUCUCCCGCCGAUGUUCUGAAUACUCUUCACGAAUACUUUCACAAAGUGGACCAACUUGAACACGAAUUCGAGGAAUAUUUGUUUCGGCUCGCCCGUCGGACUGUUGAUCUGAUAAAGGGCGGCUAUGCAUCGACGGUUGUGAGGAUGGUGAAGAUAAUAGAAACGGAAGAACGGGCUGAUGAAAUUGCAUCCGUGCAGGAGGUUGUUUCCCCAUCCUCCAUAAACUCGGAUGAUCAUGUCUCCGAUGUAGAUCCGUCACAACCACGGCCAGUCAAAUCCUAUCGCAUCAAAUUCUUCGAUGCCCUACGUGAUGGAAUCGUUGAGGAGAUAACUACGAUGUAUUCCAAAAACAAGGAUGAUCUGUCAAGUUUGUUGGCAGAUUUCGACUCUGUAGUGGAUAAUCUCAUUCUUGUCCAUGAUGAGGUCGUCCCACGUUUCCCGGAACGAUAUAAUAUCUUCCAUUUCUAUGUUUUGGAAUAUCACCGAGCGAUAUAUGAUACCGUCAACAAGAUAACCUCGUCCGCAAUUGACGCUGGGGAUAUCCUUAUGCUUUUGCGGUGGGUGCGGGAUUACUAUUCGUCCAUGUCUUCACGUCUAGACGUCAGUGAAGAACUUCUCGAGCCGCGUUUACUGGAUGGAAAGGAAGAUCAACUAACAGGAGACUACGUGAAGCUUGUUCGCUCGAAGCUUGCAGAGUGGCUUUCUAACAUUCUUCGUACGGAAACUGUGGACUUUCUGGAACGGCGACAUGCACCCGAGACGGAUGGGUCAGGGAAUUACCUUCUUACGGGCUCUGUUAUUGUAUUCCAAAUGUUCAAUCAGCAAGUUGAUGUUGUGUCCUCCUCGUCUCGUGGACAGCUGCUCUUUGAUGUUAUGCAAGAGUGCUGCGUGACUCUUGACGAAUUCCAUAAAGCCUGGACGCGAAUACUAGACACUGAAUAUCAAAAGUUUCUUGAUAAAUCACCCGACCUGGCAGAAGGACUGCCUGACUAUAUUGUGGCACUGGCCAAUGAUUGCCUUCGGAGUAGCGAGUUCUCGGAAUCGUUAUUAGAACGGACGGAACCUCUGAUUGAUGGGUCGUUUCGGCCGCAACUGUCGCAGAAAAUCAAGGAUGCCACAGACGGGUUCAUGAAAGUAUCGCGGCGUGCAUCUCAGAUACUCGUGGAAAUUGUAAUAGCUGAUCUUCGUCCUGCGGUUAAUCUCCUACACUGCCAACCACAAUGGUACGACCAAGAUUUGAUGCGUCUCGUCAUUGGCACUCUAGAGGACUACUGCGAUGAUUUUCACGUAACGAUGGCGGAACUCCUCUUCAACCGCUUCACAACUGAACUCAUGGAUCGAAUGGUUGGCUGCUAUAUUGAAUCUCUCCGAAACAAAAAUGUCAAGUUUCGCAUGCCCAUGGCCACCGAAAAAAUGCGAGCAGAGCUGUCACAAGUCAUUGAUUUUUUCACCCGUUACAAAACCGCGAAGCGUGUCAAAGCGGCGUUUGAAGUCAUGGAGAAAAUUAUCGGCUUUGUGGAGAGUUCUCCCAAGAUGGCUUUCCUGGACUUUUAUUCCUUGUGGAAAGCGUACCCCGACUGUCCAAUUGAAUUUUUUGAGUGGUUGCUCAGUAAGAGGGAUGAUUUGGAUAAGACGCAGGUUAGAGAGGUGAUGGACGCGUGUAGAAGCAAAGCUCAGGAAGAACGGCCUGAGCAAGUACAAGUGCAGCCUACAAUAUUUAGCAAGCUGAAACUAAAAUGAUCAUCUUAUGCCUUUAAACAUGACGUAUUUGUAUGUACCUCGCGGUCCAUGAUACCAGU